AUUAUCCUUAAGGAUCUCAACUGACGGAAUGUACAAAAAAACAUUGGAAUUAUGCAUGGAUUUAUUUUCACGCAUACAACGUUUGAAUGUAUAUGUUUUAGAGUUUUAUUUUAGGCGUAUAUAUCCAGUACAAACAACUAUUCGUAAGGGAUGUUUUAUAAGACGGUGGUUUUGUAUAUAUAUAUAGUUUUAUGCCCUUUGUAAAGCUUGCUCAAGUGGUCGGGUCCGCUAGCCUAUGUAUCACCAGCGGAAACGGACAGUAGCAGCGUUCGUCCACCAGUCCAGUGUGUCAAUCAUAGCGUGGUUGAGGUGGAAUUGACAACCAUGUAUAUUUAUUUUGUUGUGACGUUUCGGGAAUGAGAAAUGUUUUUGGUUUUGUACAAGUGUCCGGUUGGGUGUCGGUUGCCGUGUGUGGUGGGGUGGUUGUGGGUGUGUCCAAGGGUGAUGUGCUGAAGGGUGUACGUUAGGAAGGGAGAGAAGACAGGAGGAGAGAAGAGCUGCAGGGAGAUGUGAAGACUCCGAAGAUAUAUACGAAAUGGCCUCUGUACUCUAUUCAGGAGCAGGGCGGUUGAGUAGUGAGACACAAUGGCUGCUGAACGUGAGCGGCGGAACAAUGCCGGGACCAAGAUGUCACGCCUGCUGGAGGAGGAGGAGGAGGAUGACUUCUACAAGACAACCUAUGGCGGCUUCAUGGAGGAGGCUGAUGAUGUGGACUACCAAUCCGAGGUGGAGCAAGACGAUGAGGUGGACUCCGACUUCAGCAUCGAUGAGAAUGACGAGCCGGUGUCGGACAUGGAGGAGGACGCCAAGGGGGGGAAGAAGAAGGGCGGCAGACUCAUCACCAAGGCUUACAAGGAACCCAAGACUGCCAAACCCAAAUCCAGCGAUGGGACCCUCUCCACCUCCUCACCGCCUCCCGUCAAGAAGGUCAAGGAGAAGAAACUGAUCAAGAAGCCGGCUGAGUUUGACCUCUCGGCCCUGGAGAAGAAGGGGAUCCGUAAGUCCACCCAAAUGAAGUCCGCCGAGACAGUGAAGCGGCAGAAGGAGCGGGCGGAGGUGGAGAAGAAGCGCGCCAUGAAGAAGAAGGAUGUGCUGCCCAGCCUGCCCAGACUCACCCAGGAGGAGCUGCUGGAGGAGGCCAAGUUGACGGAGGAAGUCAACCUCAAAUCCCUCGAGAAGUACGAGUUAGCGGAGAUGGAUCGCAAGAAGCCCAAGGUGGUGCGGCGAACCUUCUCGGGGCCGUUCGUCCGCUACCAGUCCACCACCAUGCCGCUAAUCCAGGAGGCGGACGUCCCCAUCAAACCACCACACAAGGAGGAGCUGCCGGCGGAUGAGAUGAUAACAGACUCGGCAGCGGACCUCAAGAGCAUCGAGGACAACAAAGAAAACUCCUCUGUCGUCCAAACCAUCACCGACCCCUCCGAGAAGUGCGAGCGUUCCUUCCUCACCUUCUCCGACGAGGUCAACUUCAAGCGCUCCUUCCGAAAGACCAAACCCAAGACCGUGCAGAAGAACAUUUGCCCCAUCACCAGGUUGCCGGCACGUUACUUCGACCCCGUGACGCAGCUGCCCUACGCCACGCUGCAGGCCUUCAGGGUCCUGCGCGAGGCCUACUACCAACAGCUGGAGGACAAGGGUGAUCGCAACAACAAGCAGGUGGCCAAGUGGCUCGCCUGGCGGAGGGAAUACAAGAAAGUCCGAGCCUCAGCCCAGAGCAUCAAGCCCACUGUCACCACACUGCAGCAGGGGACGCCCGGUGCUGCUGCUGCUGCUGUAUCUGCCACGCCACGCAGCACCGCCAUUCCCGUAGUGACAUCCACCGCACCAUUCACUCAAGGGAUAGCGUACACAUCUACCGUCCCGUUCUCGUCACCCGCGACCUCAGCCGUUACGUCAGUGGCAGCUGUGGCGCAGAUUUUGAGGUCGGCGGCUCCGGUCACGUCAACGCUCAUCGCCACGACCGCCAUCGCCAGUACGCUUUCGACCGCCACAUCUGCCACCGCCACCUCGCUUCAGCUGGGCGCCCGCACCUCUGUCUCGUCCGCCGAUGCAGGUAGUCUCGGCAGCCUCCAGGGGCAGACGGUACAGCUGGUGCAGACUGUUAGCCGAAGCAUGGGUGGCGGCGUGCGUCCUGGCCACCAGAUGGUCAUCACCAGCGCUGGACCAUCUGGGGGCCUGCAGCUGGUGGGGGGCAGCGGGGGCAAUCUGCUGGUCCAGGGCGGCACAGGUGGCACCCCGAACCUCCUGGUGCAGAGCGGGGCAUCCGGGAACCUCCAGUUGGUGCAGCAGGGGAGCGGCAGUGGUGUGCAGGUGAUGCAGACAACGACAGGUGGCAAUGUCCAGGUGGUGCAGGGCGGGCGGUUCACCAUCCGUCCCGUCGCCAGCCAGGCCUUCACCAACCUGCAGUCGCUCCUCAAGUAGGCUACCUGCAGGCACACUCGACUCGUCAUCGCGGAAGCUCUCCUGAUGUGUGUGUGUGUGUGUGUGUGUG